CUUCUUAUCUUCCAUUUCUCUCUUCAUCUCCUUUCAUCUAUUGGCUGCAGCAAUGACAAAGAAGAUCAAAGAUGUUAUUCACUUGGAGCCGGAACCUGUUAUUUCAGUUACAAAGCCUACGCUUAUAGAGCGAUUGACUAGCAAGAUCGACAAAGGUCCGGAGCGGGCUGAGUUUGUAAAGUUCUGUAAGAGAGUCGAGUAUACAAUUCGUGCUCGGUAUCUUUUACAAUUCGAGGAUAUGAUGCAAUUGUACACCCUCUUCAAUCCCCUUGAUGAAAAUAAGAGAUUGAAGCAGCAGAAGAUAACCCCUGAAGAUAUAGAUGCUCGUGAACAGAAUUUCUUAGCAUCCUUGUUUCAGAUAUUGGAAAAGAGCAAUUUUAAAAUAGUGACUGACGAAGAAGUUGAAAAUGCACGCUCUGGGAAAUACCUACUAAAUCUUCCGAUCGAGGUUGAUCUAUCAAAGCUUGACUCGCAGCUUUUGAGGAAGUAUUUUGAUGAUCAUCCUCAUCGAAACCUACCAAUGAAUCACGAUAAGGUGAAGUACAUCAUUUUUCGUCGAGGAAUCGGAAUUGAUAGCACUACGGGUCGCUUUUACAUGGAGAAAUUGGAUAUGAUCAUUGAACGUGUUUGGUCGUGGUUCCUAAAAGUCACAAGGCUACAAGGGAUCCUGUCCAGAACACCAAGCAAGCGCUUUGAGGAAGUUCCAACGAAUCCCGAACAAAAAGGGACUGAAACAAAGUCAAAAGACUUAGUUGUUGAGAGGAUUCGUAUUCAAAACAUGGAACUAAGCAUGAAAAAUCUAUACAGCGAGAUCACGAUAAAAGAACCAACUUUCGAUAGGAUGAUUGUCAUCUACAGGCGGGCCAGUACCAAGCCCAAAGAGGAGCGAGAGCGAGGAAUAUAUGUAAAGCAUUUCAAGAACAUCCCUAUGGCUGAUAUGGAGAUAGUUCUGCCAGAAAAGAAAAAUCCGACUCUAACCCCAAUGGACUGGCUUAUGUUCCUUGGUUCUGCAGUCAUUGGGUUGGUUGCACUUAUCAGUUCACUAGAAAGACCUAAAGCUGAUAUUUGGGUCUUUAUGCUCCUUAUUUCUGGAUUGGUCAGCUACUGUGCCAAAGCCUACUUCACAUUUCAGCAGAACCUGGCAACUUACCAGAACUUGAUCACACAUUCAAUGUACGAAAAACAAUUGGAUAGUGGAAGAGGCACUCUUCUUCAUUUGUGCGAUGACGUGAUCAAUCAGGAAGUCAAAGAAGUUAUCAUUUCAUUCUAUAUUUUGAUGAUGCAGGGUAAGGAGGGUAACCUUACAAGCAAAGAACUUGAUCAGAAGUGUGAAAAACUCCUUAAAGAUGAAUUUAAGGAGGAGUGCAAUUUCAAAGUGGACGAUGCAGUCGAGAAGCUAAGGAAGUUACGCAUCGUUAAAAUCCACGAUGGUGGAAGAAUCCAAGCCGAGAAGUUGGAGCGAGCUAAUGAGAUCAUCGGCACCACCACAGAAGAAGUUGUGCUAAAAGCAAAACAUAGCGCUGCUGCUACCAAUGAGAGCAAAGGUACCACCAAAGAAGAACUUGUAUCGAAGAAAGAAAAGCAACGGCCCACUGAAUGAUAGUAUGAUACUAUCUUUGAAGUGUUAGCCUUUCCCAAUGUUUUCUUCCAAGCAUUCAAUAAUUCGGAGUCGAUCAUAAGAUUUAAGAAUAUCAAAUAAAAGGAUGGUUUUCUUCGGACUA